CGCAAAGAGCAUCGGUUUCAGCGCCCACGGUUUCACUGCAACACAAACUGUGCAAGGCAUACUUUACGUUGACGAUUCGCUUGUUUUCUCCGGAAUCUUUUUCGAGAGAUGCUUGUUCCAAGGCAUGGAGCGGCUAUGGCCUCAAGACGCCGGGGUCGCACUUGAAGGCUCAGGGCUCCCGCUGCGACACCUGCAAGGCGAAAUCUUUGAGGCUGGAGGGGUCUACCACGUCUGACCAUUUAGCCACCAUCAUGAUUUCUCGCAGGGUGUCAACCAAAAACCACACGUUGCUAAAUUCCCUUGUUUCGCUUCUGCUCUAGGCGUGCUGCGGCAUCGCGACCUGCGAGCGCUCGUGCUUGGGAAAAUCAUGGCAGGCGACGCGAUUGCAAUGGGUUCAUUUGCUCUCGCAUGCAAUUUCUUGGUUGAUGUCGUGUCCGAGGCAUAUAUGCUGGAGCGGCCAUGGGACUGGAUAUGCAAGGUCCUGCGGUCUAUCCCACGCAGGCACAGGAACGAGUCGGUGCGAGUUAUCCGCCUCAUUGGCCGCCUGCUUGAAUCAGCGUCGAAGGCCAUUGUUCGCAGAGGCUGCGACCUUCGCAAACUCCCCACCUUGAACCCAGCAUACCUCGCACGUUUCUUCCUGGACGUGUUCGAGAAUGCCGUGCCGGAGCCACGCGUUUCCCCCUCGGUCGUCUGUUCUCCCACCUCGCGGUUGGAGGCCGUCUGAGGCGCAGUUGUGCGGUUCCCUUUCUCAGAGACCCACCCGUCCGAUACCCAGCAGUACGUGUCUCCCCGGCGCCAUGGGCUGGGGGGGCUACCGGAAGCCACAGCGCCCCGCGUGCAGCAGCGGGGGCAACGGUGGCAAGGGCAACGGCAAGGACUCCUGGACCUGGUCCGCCCUCCAGGAGCAACGCGAGGCGAACCGCAGGUACGCCGAGAAGGAGCAGCAGCGUGAAGCAGAGGAGCAGAGAGAGUCACUACUGGCAGAGGUUGCCCAUACCACGAAGAACACGGUCAAGAGCAUUUUCGGCAUGGGCAAGAGCAGGAAAGUGAAGAAGGAAAAGAAGUACAAGAAGGAGAAGAAGGAUCGCACUCCAAGUUUCCGUUGGACUCGGGCGCUGGGGCGCUCGCUGAAACGCAACGAAUCUUCAUCAUCAAGUGGUCCUACUUCGUCGUCGGCGUCGUCAUCGGCGAGCCGGAGCCCCGCCGGGUUCAUCAAGUAUGCCAUGCGCGCCUUCAGGAAGAGGAUCGGCAAGGAGAAGGACCGCCGGAAGAGGGAUGACCCACGCGACGAGUUGCUCGCGAGCCUCUUGGCGAGGCAGAACAAGUUGACGAAGGGCGACAUCGGCCUGAUCAAGGACCUCUUGAAUCAUCCCAGCCGGGGCGCAGCUUCAGACAGCGCUGGCCCGGCUGGCACUGCCCAGGGCUCAGCGGCCGGCCGGAAGCGCCUCAAAUCGCCGGACCCGGCGGCACCUCCCCACCCGGACGCGGAGAGGAAGAGGAUUCAUGAUGAGAUCAAGGUGUGUCCUGAGGCUGACGCCACCGACUGGCCGUCUGACCACGCUGGCUGGGCAGCCAAGUGCGCGGAUGCCACUGGCCACACCAUGCUCAACGCGGUUUCGAAGGCGGUGAACCUGUCCACCAGCGGCGCCAUCAGCAAGGUCGACAAAGUGCAAAACUUCAUCAAGUAUCUGGAGUCGUGAGAGGAGUGGCAGUGUCUCGAUUGCCACACAUUCUGUCGGAGCGUGGCUGCUCGCCAGCCGCGCCCGCCGGAAACACCCCCGGAGGCACCCUCGGACACGAUAGCUUGCGCUGGCUCUGGUGCGUGCUUUCGAGUGACAGCCAGCCGGUACGUUACGACAUGACGUUCCUAGAGUUUCUUUGGACGCUCGCAGUUUUGCUUUGGUUGCCGUUCGCGCUGACGGCUGAUCUCCUUCAGAUGGCCAUUGAGCGGGCCACCAGGCUCCGAGGGACAGCUAGUACGGUGCUGGCCCUUCUCCUCUCCCACGGCCUGCUUCUCCAUGCUGCUGCCCAACUUUUCCGGGUGGGUCUAGCAGCAGCACCAGCAGGAUACGAGCAUAAGAUCACCAAUGUCUUAUCGGUGGGUGACAUUCCUAUUCUCAAUGCGACGAUCGAAUUGCAAUUUAGCAGCGGCAGCGCAGUGUAUCAUAUCUUGUUGUCUUUUGUCCUCCUCCUCAUCUCUUGCUGCACGCUUGCCGUUCGCUUCUUCCUUACACUUCUCUCAGCGAUCACCGCAUGCAUCGCCUUCAUAAGCCGGUGAUUGCCACGAGUACUGGCCGCAGCUAUGCGGCUCCCCAAAGGGGAUGGCGUAACCCUGCCAAGUGUCGGUCCACAGCCCGAGACGGAGCGCAUACGAGCCACCAGGGACGAAAUUGCAUCACAUCCGGCACGCAUUCUUAUUCCACUUUCCAUUUCCAUCAUCUCGUCCUCGAGUCUAUCUUUCUUGCAUUGCGGGCCGGACGGAGUGGAUGAGAGCAGUCGUGUGGGGUCAAAGGCAGCU